CCGGACGUCAAGUCUCUACACUUCUCACCACUUCCCAGUUUGUCUCUCGAGGGAGGCAAGGUAUUCUUCUUUCUAGCUAAGCAACACAAUGGAAAACACGUCGAAAACAAAUAAAAAGGAUAUUCAAGAUGGACCGCCAAAAGAAGUCAAAUUGCCUAUCGGUGAAGCACUUCUCGACUAUCACUGUCAAAUAAAGGAAAAUGCAGUAGAACGAUUCAUGGCUCAAAUAAAGAAAAUUAGAGAAAAGAACCAAAAGUAUCAUGAAAGAAAUAAACGCUUAAAGGAUGAACAGAUUUGGCACAUAAGGAACCUACUAAAGGAACUGAGUGAAGAGAAGUCAGAGGGAUUAGCAGUUGUAACAAGAGAGGAAGUUGAAAAAGCAAUGAAGGAAAAAUGGAAGUUUGUAAGAGACCAGGAACAAAACUUGAAAGAUAUGCGCAUCCAAAUAAAUAAUGCUGAGAAACUAUUUCUUGAGAAACUCAGUGAGAAAGAAUAUUGGGAGGAGUACAAGAAUGUAGGGAGUGAACAACAUGCUAAACUCAUUACCUCCUUACAGAAUGACAUCAACAGAGUUAAAGAGAAUGCUGAGAAAAUGUCAGAACAGUAUAAAAUCACCCUGGAAGAUGACAGAAAGAGAAUAAUCAGAGAAACUUUGUUGCAACUGAACCAAAAGAAGGAAUGGGCCACAGAGAAUGCUAUAAGGUUCAUUGACAAGGGCAACUAUCGAGAGAUCUGGGAGAAUGACUGGCUCAAAAAAGAGAUCGCAAAUCACAGGAAGGAAGUGGAAGAACUGGAACAUGCUAUUCAUGAGCUGGAAGGAGAAAAUUUGGUGCUUAUUGAUCAGCUGUUCAACUGCAGACUUGUGGAUCUCAAAAUACCCAGGCGACUAUAUCUUGCUCAAGCUGUUGGACAGGAAGUGCCACAUGAAGAAAUGCCUUUGGAGUUGCCAGAAACAUAUAUAGAAAAGUCACAAUUGCAACCUGCAGAAGUAAAAAGUAGAGACUUGUUGAGCUUAUCACUUGGGAGCAGUGCUUUACAUCUUAGUCAUGAGGAGAGCAGCAGAUACGGCCAGCAUCUGAAGAUAGAUGAAGAAGAGAGUUCAAGUAUAGAGUUUGGAGCCUCUGAUAUGAAAUACUUACUGUAUGAGGAUGAGCGGGAUUUCAAGGAUUAUGUAAACUUGGGCCCCCUGGAAGUGAAGCUCAUGACUGUGGAGAGCAAGAAAAUGCCCAUCCACUUCCAAGAGAAGGAGACUCCAGUCAAAUUCUAUGAAGAUGUCAGGAGCCCAGAAAGCCACAUCACAUAUAAAAUGAUUAAGUCUUUUCUCUAAGACUGAAAUCUGCAAAGUAAAAACAACUUCUUAUACAUUUCCUUUGGGAACUGAGGUAUAUCAGUCGCCCAUUUUAUUUACUCUUUGGUCCAUUUUUAAAGCAGUUAUUUCUAAAGGUCAUAAUUACAUUUAAAAUCAAAGAUCUGAGUAUUCAGCUAUUCAUUUAUUUGCAUGGCCUGAGUGACAAAAAUGAAAGUACACUUUAUAUUUCCAUAUUCAAGUAUACAGGAGAAUGACAGUGGGCCAAGAUGGUCUCUGAGGUUGCUUACCAC